AAUCAACCCGGAAAUAUCUCGCCAAAACCCUACUCUUUCUUUCUCCCUCUCUCUGAUUUUGUUCAAAAACUGCACAGUGGCCGCUAAUUUUCAUUCCAUCCACUCUUACGCUGGUAGAAGAUACGAGACACCGGUGAUUAAAAAUGGCGACUUUUGCUAAACCCGAGAAUGCGUUGAAACGAGCAGAAGAAUUGAUAAAUGUUGGGCAGAAACAAGAUGCACUUCAAGCUCUUCAUGAUCUUAUAACUUCAAAGAGGUACAGGGCAUGGCAGAAAACACAUGAGAAGAUUAUGUUCAAGUACAUUGAGCUUUGUGUAGACAUGAGGAGGGGUAGAUUUGCCAAAGAUGGUCUGAUUCAGUACCGCAUAAUUUGUCAGCAAGUUAAUGUUAAUUCAUUAGAGGAAGUCAUAAAACACUUUAUGGAUCUUUCAACUAAGAGGGCCGAGCUAGCCCGUAGCCAAGCACAGGCUUUAGAAGAAGCUUUGGAUGUUGAUGAUCUUGAAGCUGAUAAAAGGCCAGAAGAUUUAAUGUUGAGUUAUGUCAGUGGUGAAAAGGGAAAGGAUCGCUCGGAUAGGGAGCUUGUGACCCCGUGGUUUAAGUUCUUGUGGGAGACUUAUAGAACAGUUCUUGAGAUUCUGCGAAACAAUUCCAAGUUGAUGGCUUUGUAUGCAGACACCGCACAUCGUGCUUUUCAGUUUUGCAAACAAUACAAAAGGACAACUGAGUUUCGAAGGCUAUGUGAGAUAAUCAGAAAUCACCUUGCAAAUCUAAACAAGUACAGAGACCAGAGGGACAGGCCUGACCUGACGGCUCCGGAAACUUUACAUUUUUAUCUUGAUACAAGAUUUGAGCAGCUUAAAGUUGCAACAGAGCUUGAACUCUGGCAGGAAGCCUUUCGCUCAGUAGAAGAUAUUUAUGGGCUGACAAGCAUGGUUAAGAAAAUGCCAAAAUCUUCCUUGAUGGCUGUUUAUUAUGCAAAGUUGACCGAGAUCUUUUGGAUCUCUUCUAGUAAUCUGUAUCAUGCUUAUGCAUGGUUUAAACUUUUCCAACUUCAAAAGAGUUUCAACAAGAACCUGAACCAAAAAGACCUGCAAUUGAUUGCAUCAUCUGUUCUGUUAGCUGCACUUGCAGCUCCACCCUAUGAUCACCUGAAAACUGCAUCUCAUUUAGAGUUGGAACAUGAAAAGGAGCGAAAUCUAAGGAUGUACAAUCUCAUUGGAUUUAAUAUAGAUGCCAAGCUUGAAACAAGAGAAGUGCUCUCGCGGUCAUCCCUUCUUGCGGAUCUGGUUUCUAAAGGGGUAAUGACGUAUGUAACUCAGGAAGUAAGGGAUCUCUACCAUAUUCUUGAAAAUGAAUUUCUGCCGUUGGAUUUGGCGUCAAAAGUUCAGCCUUUGUUGGCAAAGAUAGCAAAACUUGGGGGGAAAAUAUCUACAGCAUCUUCUGUACCAGAAGUACAGCUUUCUCAUUACGUUCCCGCUUUGGAAAAAGUAGCUACUUUAAGACUGCUGCAACAGGUGUCCCAAGUGUAUCAGACAAUGAAGGUUGAAACUUUGUCAAAAAUGGUUCCUUUCUUUGACUUCUCGGUUGUUGAGAGGACCUCUGUCGAUGCUGCUAAAUAUAAUUUCAUUGCUAUGAAGGUUGACCAUAUGAAGGGUGCAGUUCUAUUUGGUGACUUGGGUUUUGAAUCUGAUCUUUUGCAAGAUCACUUGAGUGUCUUGGCUGUCAAUUUGAACAAAUCAAGAUCAAUGUUAUAUCCUUCUCAAUUGAAAGCAUUAAAACUAGGUGCUGUGCUUCCGAGUUUAGCAGAUAUUCUUGAUAAAGAGCACAAAAAGCUUCUUGCAAGGAAAUCAAUUAUUGAGAAACGCAAGGAAGAACAAGAACAUCACUUGCUUAAAAUGGAACGGGAAGAGGAGUCAAAGAGACUCAAACAGCAGAAGAAAACCGAAGAGGCAGAACAGAAAAGACUUGCAACUGAAUUUGAAGAAAGGAAGCACCAACGUAUUAAAAGGGAAAUUGAGGAGAGAGAGCGUGAAGAAGCACAAGCUUUACUAAACGAUGUUGAAAAGCGCAUUAAAAAGAAGGGAAAGAAGCCGCUUAUUGAGGGGGAGAAAGUGACAAAGCAGAGUCUGAUGGAGUUGGCAAUGCAGGAGCAACUUAGAGAGAGGCAAGAAAUGGAAAAGAAAAUGCAAAAACUAAUAAAAACUAUGGAUCACUUUGAAAGAGCCAAGAGGGAAGAGGCUGCACCUUUGAUUGAAGCUGCAUUUCAAAGGCGUUUAGCUGAAGAGAAGCUUCUUCAUGAACGAGAACAGCAGCUUGAGGUUGAGAUGAGCAGGGAGCGUCAUGAUGGAGAUGUAAAAGAGAAGUAUAGACUUGCUCGUGUUAUGGACCAUAAGAUGGAGUUUCAAAAGAGAGUUGUUAAUCAUCGUCAGGCUGAGUACAACAGAAUGAAAGCGGACAGGGAGGAACGGAUUAGCCAAAUUGUCAGGGCACGUAAAGAAGAGAGGGACAUCAAGAGGAAAAUGUUAUGUCAUGUCAAGACCGAAGAGGAAAGGCUCAACAGGUUGCGUGAAGAGGAGGAAGCUCGCAAACGUGAAGAGGCUGAAAGGCGAAAGAAAGAGGAAGCUGAGCAUCGGGCAAAGAUGGAUGAAAUUGCUGAAAGACAAAGGAAGAGAGAACAAGAACUGGAAGAAAGAGAGAGGCUACGUAAGGAAGCUAUUUUAAGAGGAACUUCAUUUGAUGGUCCAACCAAGCCUUCUGAGAUCCCAGCGGCUGCAGCUCUACUCGUAGCAGCACCAGCAACUUCAGCUGCAGCUGCAGGUCAACCUGGUGGUUCCAAGUAUGUGCCAAAGUUUCGUAGGAGUGGGCUGACUGAGCUGGUGGCACCUCCACCAGCACAGUCUGAUAAAUUGGGCAGUGCGAAGCAGGAUGAUCGUGGUCCGCCACCAAGUGGUGACAAAUGGAGACCUUCUUUUGGUAGCGGAAAUGGUGCUAGCAGUAGUACAAGGAGUUGGUCUUCAUCCAAAUAUUCUCGGUGAAUUUGUUUAAGGUUGAAUUUUUUAUAUAUCCUGGGUAUGUAACUUGGGGAUUGAGCAUGUUAUGUUGUAAUUCUAUUUUGAAACACAGCAGAAUUAGAACAGGCCCUUUUGUAACAAGACCAUGGAUAUGUGUGAAUUUUGAUUUAAGGACACUUGUAGAACUGAAAGACAGGCAAUGUUCAAGUUUGUCAUGUUUUCUACGAUUCUCUAAAUGUUAAAUGCUUUUUUAGUA